UGUGUGUGUGUGUCUGUGUGUUCGUGUGUGAGUCUUUUUUUUUCUUCUCUUCCUUCCAUUUAACAUGUAAAGUCAGAUCAGGAAGUGCGGUGCUGUGACAGUAGAGAAGGAAGUGGGACCACAAUGGCACUAUGUUUGCUUCUGGGACUGGUAGCAUGAGAGGGCCCCGGGUGAAGACCCCUCUGCUGCUGCUGCUGCUGCUGCCACUGCUGCUGACCACUCUGACAGGGACAGAAACGCUCCCAACUGUUUCUAAUGCCACUUCAGCACUGGACAGUAAAGGCCCAAAUAUACUCCAGAACGAAAGCGAACACGGACAGCUGCGGACCCCACAGGCACAAAAAACACUCCCAACUGUUUCUAAUGCCACUUCAGCACCGGACUGCUCCCUUAAAGAAGAGGACAGUAAUGGCUUGAAUAUACACCGAAACGGAAGCAAACACGGACUGCUGCAGACCCCACCGACACAUAGUAAUAAUAGAUCUUUAGAAACAACAAAUGACCAAGGAUUUAAGGAUACGACUGAGGUACCAGAGGAGGAUUUGAGUUCCAUCAGCAUCCUGAUCCCUGUGGUUCUGGUGGUCCUAAUCAUCAGCAUGAUAGUUUGUGGUAUUUUCAUCCAUUGCAGAUGUAACCAAAAAGUGAGAGAUCAAGAGCUGGGAAAAAAGGAUCCAUAUUUGGAUGGGUCAAGUACAGAGAAGGUGCCAAUGCCCAUGUUUGAAGAAGAUGUGCCCUCUGUGCUGGAGCUAGAAAUGGAAGAGUUGGGCCAAUGGAUGAAAAAGGAUGGUAGGUAAACCUGCAGAGGACUCUAAACUCGCAUGAAUCUAUUUGUGUUCACCUCUCUCUCCCAGGAUUUCUGCAACAAUGGACGCUCUCCCGGCACGCAAGGACACACAGUCAACGAUGCAUUGAUGUCCCUUUGGACGUUCUGACCUUUCUACAAUAAUCCAGCAACAGGGACUAAUUUGACUGCCAUGAAACAACAUCCCAACUCUUUAAAGACAUGUAUUGUUUCUGUCACGCUUUGCCUGUUUUGAUUGUAUGAUUGUAUGUUCUGUCGAAAUUUAUCAUUCAGAGUGAAGAGUAUUCCUGUUAAACCUAGAUAACAUUGUGCUGUAGCUACCAACCAUUCCAUUUUCUGCAGAUUCAUACUGCUAAAGAGUAUGCGGUCAACUUAAAGCGCAUUAGGCUGAUGCUUUUCUCCAACCCUCACAGAUAUGACUGCUCAUAGUUACUUCUCUUCAGCUCAAAGCCUCUUUGUUGUAUUACACUGUGUCACUCCCUCCAGCUGCAGGUUUUAAUGGUGAAAUAUCCUGUUGAAGAUUGCAGGCAUGCAUGACAGAGAAGGCCACUCCUUUUCAUGCCUGUGUAGAGCUGGUUAGGACUUAAAGAGAAGUUGUUUUUAUUAUGUAUGUGAAAUCAGUUUCACCCGAUUUAUGAGUCUUUUGAUAAAUACCCGUUGCAGAAACAGCUUUCUAAAAGCUGCUACUAAUUAACAUUUUUUAUGUCACCAUACAGUAGAAAAAAAACUCUCUGACUGAAUACUUUAUGUUUACAGAUGCUGUUCAGUCAUGACACUGAUCUAAAUGUGAGUGCUUUCUAAACGUGUCAGUCAGUAUUUUGCAGUAUAUUGCACUAUAAAUAUGAGAAUACGAAAUACCAAAGAUAUUAUUUUCAAGGAAUGCUUUUUGUAAAUAUUUCAGCUUUGAAUAAAAUUUCAAUAGAUAAAA